GCACAAUGGCACUGGAGUUGCCUCCGUGGCUUGAAGCCCGAGCGAUACGCUACGCAGGCCGUGGUGUUUUUGCGGUGCGGCAAUUGCCUCGCGGAGGUUUGGUCCUCUCGGCAAAGCCUAUUAUGCGCACCAUCUCUCGCGAUGCCAAGCCCUUCAGAUGCUGUUUUUGUUUCAGCAGGAGCGAGUUGGCUCUGUCAGAGGUUUGCCGGUGCCGUUCGGCCUGGUGUUCUCCCACUUGCAGGCACCUGGAUGAGGCACAUGCUGCCGAGUGCGUUUUGCUGGCGCAGCUUGCCUCGGCAUCAGCGAAGGUGCCGUCAGAAGUCUGGGAAAAUGCUGCACUGCUGGCCUCGCUGCGUGCAAGUCUGUGGGCAGACCCGAGCCGCGAGGCAGAGCUGGAGGAAUUGAUGCAGGAGCCCCCAUCCAGAGCCGGCGCCCGGCGGCGCCAGCGUUGCCGGGCACAGGCGCUGCAGUUGCUGGGCCUCGAGGGCCUGGCAGGGCCUGGGGCACGGGCGCUGGGGGCGAUGCCGCUCAACGCCUUCGGCCUUUUUGCCGAGGACAAGCAGGAAGGCCAGUGCCUGGCCCCUGUGGCCUCGCCGUGGCCUCGGGUCACUCAGCGCCCGGCACGCCCAAACCCUGGCCCAGGCUUUUAAACCACAGCUGCAUCCCGAACUGUGUCCAUCGCAUCGAGCACGGAUUGGUUUGCCUCUAUGCUUUGCGGGACAUCCAAGUUGACGAGGAGAUCACGCCGAAUUCUUAGCCACGCUACAUAGGCUUGGCAAUGAGGCACGGGGAAUUCGGGAUGCAGCCAACACAUUGAUACUCAUACUCGCAGGAGAUCGACGCUGGUGAACAGGGUUGAACAAAACGUGUGUCACCUCACACGGUGUCUCAUGGCGCAGUGACUUGAUCCGCCAGCAUGGCAGGAUGUGUCGCUGAGUUUUUCUUGCCCAAAGCAACCUCGGGAUAGCAUUAGAGAGGGAGAGAGAAGAGGCCUGCGUGCUCCAUCCGAAGCAAAUCUCAAUCCAGAGCGUGUUCAGCUGGUGCAGUGUCUUGCCAGGACAUGAACUGUAGGAAUAGUUGGAGCCUAGAGCCCAGGUUUUGUUCAGGAGACAGUUGGGGCUGCAUGCAUCAGCCCAACUGCAGUAUAGUUUAGCUCAGCCUAUAAGUCAGAGGCCCAAUUGAUCUCGAGCGAAUACAACUCAAGUUUGCAGGCCAAGCUGUUUGUUUGUGCCGCUGUUUGUUGGGUUUUGUGCUUGGUUCAAUGGCCUGUCCGAUUUUCUGUGGCAACAUACCUGCAG